AUGGCUCCAUAUGCUCCAGGUAUGGCUCCAUAUGCUCCAGGAAUGGCUCCAUAUGCUCCAGGUAUGGCUCUAUAUGCUCCAGGUAUGGCUCCAUAUGCUCCAGAGUCCACUUACGUCUCCACUGUAGAGUCCACUUACGUUUCCACUGUAGAGUCCACUUACGUCUCCACUGUAGAGUCCACUUACAUCUCCACUGUAGAGUCCACUUAUUUCACUUACGUCUCCACUGUAGAGUCCACUUACGUCUCCACUGUAGAGUCCACUUACAUCUCCACUGUAGAGUCCACUUAUUUCACUUACGUCUCCACUGUAGAGUCCACUUACGUCGCCACUGUAGAGUCCACUUACGUCUCCACUGUAGAGUCCACUUACGUCUCCACUGUAGAGUCCACUUACCUCUCCACUGUAGAGUCCUCUUACGUCUCCACUGUAGAGUCCACUUACGUCUCCACUGUAGAGUCCACUUACGUCUCCACUGUAGAGUCCACUUACGUUUCCACUGUAAAGUCCACUUACGUCUCCACUGUAGAGUCCACUUACAUCUCCACUGUAGAGUCCACUUAUUUCACUUACGUCUCCACUGUAGAGUCCACUUACGUCUCCACUGUAGAGUCUACUUACAUCUCCACUGUAGAGUCCACUUAUUUCACUUACGUCUCCACUGUAGAGUCCACUUACGUCUCCACUGUAGAGUCCACUUACGUCUCCACUGUAGAGUCCACUUACGUCUCCACUGUAGAGUCCUCUUACGUCUCCACUGUAGAGUCCACUUACGUCUCCACUGUAGAGUCCACUUACGUCUCCACUGUAGAGUCCACUUACGUCUCCACUGUAGAGUCCUCUUACGUCUCCACUGUAGAGUCCACUUACGUCUCCACUGUAGAGUCCACUUACGUCUCCACUGUAGAGUCCACUUACGUCUCCACUGUAGAGUCCACUUAG